AUACCAAACAUGACAUUAAUCGCUCAUUUGUGAUUGUAAAUUGUGAUAAAGAAAGGAGGAAUCAAAACUCGAGUUCGGACUUUGGAACGAAUUGAAGCAAUAACCAAUUUCCAACGUUUUCUACUGGGCAUUUAUUGGUAGGCACAGGCUAUGGUUGUUUCUGGGAAACACCCACACCCCUCUCUUGACUCUUGCCAUCCAAAUCCAAUGAACCAACCCAGCAUCGUCGUCAUUUCUUUGAUUCAUUGAUGGUGUUCCUCUGCCAACUCGAUCGCUUACAGAAAACCCCUGAACAUGAAGGUCAUCCUGAAAUCCAAAUGCAUAGAGAAUCUAAUGAAAACCUUCAAAUUAUUCCACUCAGGUAGAGGUUCAGAUGGUCAGAAGGAAGAGAACUUGGAGCAAAUCGUAGUGCAGGAGCAAAAGCUCUUCUCUUUCGAGACCCUUGUCGCUGCAACCAGAGACUUUCACGUUGAUAACAAGCUCGGCGAAGGCGGAUUCGGUCCCGUCUACAAGGGGAAGUUGGGGGAUGGGAGGGAGAUCGCAGUGAAGAAGCUGUCGCAGAGCUCCAGGCAAGGGACGAGGGAAUUCAUGAACGAGGCGAAGCUUCUGGCCCGAGUGCAGCACAGGAACGUUGUGAACCUCCUGGGAUACUGCACCCACGGCGCAGAGAAUAUCCUCGUCUACGAGUACCUUCCCCGUGAGAGCCUCGACAAAUUCAUUUUCGAUUCAGAGAGGAAAAAGGUGCUGGAUUGGGAGAGGAGGUUCCGUAUAAUCUCGGGGGUGGCCCGCGGCCUGCUUUACCUACACGAAGACUCCCAUAGUCCCGUCAUCCACCGUGACAUCAAGGCCAGCAAUAUCCUACUGGAUCUGAAGUGGGCCCCCAAGAUCGCUGACUUCGGGAUGGCCCGUCUUUUUCCUGAAGAUCAGACGCACGUAAACACGCGCGUCGCGGGCACCAAUGGAUACAUGGCUCCUGAGUAUGUGAUACAUGGAAGGCUAUCGGUGAAGGCGGACGUAUUCAGCUUCGGAGUUUUGGUGCUUGAAUUGAUCAGCGGUCAAAGGAACUACACCUUCUCCCUCGAUCUCGAUUCGCAGAAUCUACUGGAUUGGGCAUACAAGCUUUACAAGAAAAAAAGGAGGUUGGAGAUGAUGGAUUCGGCAUUAGCAUCCUCAUCAUCAUCAUCAUCCAUAGAACAAAUUUGCAUGUGCAUACAAAUAGGGUUAUUGUGCACUCAAGCCGAUCCAGCCAAACGGCCUACCAUGCGUCGUGUGGUGGUGAUGCUGUCGAAGAAUCCCGGUACCACCCUAGAAGAGCCUACCAAACCGGGUUGCCCCGGUUCUAUAUAUAGAAGAACUCUAAAGCCCGAUGGGUCUUCUACUUUUACCGUCGCUUCUGGUUCUGGUUUCACCACCGAAUCAUCCUUUCCCUCCACCUUAAAUUAUUCUAAUAGUGCUUCCACAUCUACUCUUAGCACCUCUAUUUCACAUUCUCAUGGCAAAGGCAAACGUCCCAUUCAAGGUUAACUAGGCUGCCUUUUCGCACUUUCGCUUGUGGAUAUAUUGUUUUGCUUUUUUCUUCCUUUUUCAAGUUUUGCUUAGAGGGCAUUUUAUAACAGCUGAAGGGGUUAUACUGAAUGAUUUAUUGCUCUUUCAUUUGGGCUGCAUUUGGCAUUCCUUAUUUUAAGGAACUGUUAAAAUGUCUCUAUGGACACUGAGUCUUCAACACCAAAAAUGAUACAAGUCCUUAAAGUUAGAUUGAUAUUUUUGAA